GCCGUUCGCAGACGCCGAAGCUUAAUAGUUGUCAGAAGGCUUUCAAUGCUUUGUGGAGGUGAUGGGGGCCGGGGUUGGGUUUCUUGGCAUUUCUGUGGGGUUCCUGGGCCAGAUCCUGUAGGAAGGAUACAGGAUCUUCCUUCUGGCUUCAGCAGCUCUGGUUGAGCCUUGGGCUCCUGGGAAGAGUGAAGUUGUCAGCAAGAGAACCUGAGGGCCAUCAGGAACAUGCAAGCUAACCAGAGGGAUUUGGGGGGUCGAGACAAUUACUGUGAGGUGUCAGUGUCGUUUGAGGAUGUGGCCGUGCGUUUCAGCAGGGAUGAGUGGCAGCAGCUGGACUCUACUCAGAGGUGCCUGUACCGAGACGUGAUGCUGGAGAACUACAGCCACCUGUUCUCCAUUGGUUAUAAAAUUCUCAAACCAGAGAUCAUCUACAAAUUGGAGCAAGAAGAGGAGCCAUGGAUGCUGGAGGGCAACAUUCCUCAUCAGAACUAUCCAAAUGGAAAGUUUGGAGUUAAGACCUCACAAAAAAGAAUUACUGGGAAAACUGCAUUUCAUAGUGAAAUAGAGGGUAAAGAUACAAGAGAUGAUUCACUGUAUUCCAUUUUAGAAGAACUGUGGCAAGAUGCUGAGGAGAUAAAUAGAUAUCAAGAAAAGCACAACAGACCUCUGGGUCAUACUGCUUUCAUCAAUAAGAAAGCAUUGAACACUGAGUGGAAUUAUGAAUAUAAAGACAGAGAAAAAUUCAUUUACCCAAACCCAAAUCUUAUUCCUUCACAGAGAAGAUCUCACAUGCAUGACUCAUUUGCAAAGAGUUUUAAUUUCAACUUGCAUAUUCAUAGUGAAAGCAAUGAAACAGAGAACUUUGAUAAAAUUAUUGUACAGGAUCAAGUUAACAACAAUAGCUCUUCUUAUACUGCCCAUGAAAAUGUACAUACGGGAAUGAAAUUUUGUGAAAAUAAUCAGUGUGGAAAAGUCCUUAGCCUCAAACAAACACAUCCUUACAAUCUGAAAUUCCCCACUGGAGAGAAAGCAAACACAGGUACUGAAUUUGGGAAGAUUUUCGCCCAGAAAUCACACCUCUUUGCACCUCAGAAUAUUCGUACUAUGGAAAAACCUUAUCAAUCUAGUAAAUGUGUAAAUGUUUUUACACAGAAGCCACUACUCAGUAUUUAUCUGAGGGUUUGUAGAGAUGAAAAACUAUAUAUUUGUACUCAAUGUGGGAAAGCAUUCAUCCAGAAUUCAGAAUUAAUUAUGCAUGAGAAAACUCAUACUAGAGAAAAGUCCUUUAAAUGCAGUGAAUGUGGAAAAUCAUUUUUCCAGGUAUCAUCUCUAUUUAGGCAUCAAACAUCUCACACUGGAGAAAAACUCUGUGAAUGCAGUGAAUGUGGGAAAGGCUUCUCUCUGCACUCAGCUCUCAGUAUACAUCAGAAAAUUCAUACUGGAGAGAGACACCAUAAAUGCAGUGAAUGUGGGAAAGCCUUUACCCAAAAAUCAACACUCAGGAUGCAUCAGAAAAUUCAUACAGGAGAGAGAUCCUACAUAUGUACUGAAUGUGGGCAGGCCUUUAUCCAGAAGGCACACUUAAUUGCACAUCAGAGAAUUCAUACUGGAGAGAAACCUUAUGCAUGCAAUGACUGUGGGAAGUCUUUCCCUUCUAAGUCACAACUCCAGAUGCAUAAGCGAAUCCACACAGGAGAGAAACCCUAUAUGUGCACUGAAUGUGGGAAGGCCUUCACCAACAGAUCAAAUCUCAAUACUCACCAGAAAUCUCAUACUGGCGAGAAGUCUUAUAUAUGUGCUGAAUGUGGAAAGGCCUUCACCGACAGGUCAAAUUUCAAUAAACAUCAGACAAUUCAUACUGGAGAGAAACCGUAUGUUUGUAAGGAUUGUGGGAGGGCUUUCAUCCAGAAGUCAGAGUUAAUUACACAUCAGAAAAUCCAUACUACAGAAAAGCCUUAUAAAUGUCCUGACUGUGAGAAAUCCUUCUCCAAGAAACCACAUCUCAAAGUACAUCAGCGAAUCCACACUGGAGAGAAACCUUAUAUAUGUUCAGAAUGUGGAAAAGCCUUCACUGACAGGUCAAAUUUCAAUAAACACCAGACAGUUCAUACUGGAAAUAAACCCUAUAAAUGCAGUGAUUGUGGAAAGGGCUUCACUCAGAAAUCAGUUCUAAGUAUGCAUCGCCAUAUUCAUACUUGAAAGGAACCCCAUUUCUUGAAAGAUGAACCUUACAAAGAAGUCAAGUAUAAGUAUGUUGUAAAAUUCAUUCAAUAUAUAUAUAUAUUCUGUAUAAAUGUACUGUAUAUGAAAAAGUGUUUGCCAGGUUCUAUC